AUGUAUAAGGUUGGGCGAGAGCAAUUACUUUGUAAAGGAGAUACUUCAGUCUUGUCGAUCAAAAGGAAAGGCGAUGGCUGGUGUUUAACCGGUCAUAUCGAUCGAAAGAGAUCAGCUGAAACAGGGAGUUUCGAAAGCAGGGGUUCAGGCAUGGGAUCCAGCCAUCCGAUUCCAAAGAUUGAAACCAGCCAGAAGCGACGUACUUGUACUUGGCGGUUUGGCCCCAGCAUUCGAAACUUCGAAGACACUCAUAUUAGCGCUUUACUCCAGUCACCAAUGAUCCAACCUUCUUUUUAUGUUAUGCGCGCGAGGGAUCCUGAUCUUGAGAAAGAGCGCUUACCCAGAUCCACUCAUUUUAAUGGCUAG